AUGAAAGAGUAUUCAAAGGCACUGGAUUAUUUUAAAAGGUGUCUCGCAAUAGACCUAAAAGCGUUACCAGAAAAACAUCCGGAUCUUGGAAUUUCAUACAGUAACAUUGGUGAUGUUCAUCGAUUAAUGGGUGAUUAUGAAGAGGCACUCUCGUUCCUUCAGAAGGCGUUAGAUAUCCAGGAAAAUGUUCGAUGUAAUCCUCUGGCUUGCGCAACAACGUAUAUUUAUCUCGGUGAAACGUAUCUCGAGACCAAAGAUUAUACGACGGCAGUGGGAUUUUUUCAACACGGAUUGGAAAUUCGUGAGGAAAAACUACCAAAAACCCAUCUUGAUUUAGCAGUUGUUUAUCACAGUAUGGCAAAAUUAUAUUUAAUUACUCAACAGUAUGGUGUAGCGAUGAGAAAUGCUCAAAAUGCACUGGAAAUUGCUGAAAAAACAUUAGGUCGAAAUCAUCCUCAUACCAUUGAUUACAGGAAAACAUUCGAAAAAAUUUC